GUCUGAUAUGAAGUUUUGAGGUAAAAACGAGUUGAUGGAUAUCUCUAGUCUGAUAAUCAUAUUUUAAUCUUGUAUCAAUAAAAUAACCAAAUAAUAGUACAUAAAUAAUUCUUAUCACAAUUCAUAUCUUUUUAUCCCUAUAAUUAUUAUCACUUAUCACCCACCCAAUAAAUCUUCAAAUAAAUUAUUAAAUAUUAAAGCGGAUUAUUCAAUGAUCGUUGGUGGUUCAUCCCUAUUAGAAACGGCAACAUCAGAUUCCGAUUUGGAUAUUAUAUUUUUACUUCCAAAUCGUUGUCUUAUUCCAAAUGUUGUCAAAGAAUGUAAUGAAUGCAAAUCUAAUUUAAAUUCUGGGCGUUUUUGCCAAGAACAUGAUUUUAUAUUUGGCGAUGGAGAGGAUACGUUUAAUUCAACAAUGAAGAAACUUGAGAAUGAUAUGGAGGAUUUAAAGGUUUUGAAUAAAAAUUUUGUUUAUUGUUAGUAAUGGCAAGAAUGAAACGAAAGGACACAGACUUCUCACAAUUAUUUUUCAUCUGAACCCCACCCCAAAAAAUGAUGACCCAUUCC